ACUGCAACGAGUUUACGAACCGACCAUUGGAUUCUUAAAGGGCUAGACACACGAUUUUCUGAAAGCAUAAUUGUAAAAAUUUCCAUAAUAGUAUUUUUAUUAGGAAAUUGUAACGUCUUGUGCUUGUCUUAUGUGUUAAGGGACUACAGCUGUCUAUUUCAGGCUGUAGUGCCAUUUCACCCUUUAAGGAAAAAAGAAAUACAGGAACUGACGUACAAUUUUCUGGUGUUUCAACAAAGAUGUUAUAAAAUGUAAGAGCUCCUGUCUAACUGAAGUUGAGUGAAGAAUCCACAGAUUAUAGACUGGACACCAAAAUGCCCUGUACUUCUAAAAAAACUAUAACAAAUUAUAGUAAAUUACGAAAUACAUCAAGUACUCAGUUGUUAUGUUGAGAACUGAGGAAAUGGGUAAAAUUCAGUUUUGGGAUCCAUCCAUCUGUCCAUUCUCUAAACCGCUUGUCAUGUUCAGGGUUCAAACAGGACCUUGCUCUUUGGAGGAGGCAACAAUGCCAACCCUCAAGCCACAGUGCCGAGAGAAAAUCCAAUAUAUUAAUGAGAUGUCUUGAUAGCUAAUUUUAGUGAAGUAGAUAAUAAGCAUUAAUGGCACACUUAUUCUUUGGCGGCUUAAGACUGUUGCUAUUUAUUCUAAUUUUUUUGUCUACCUUUUAUAAAGUGUUACAGUGUAGAAUGGAAACCUAUUAUACAUUGGUUUAUCACCUUCAUAAACUUGAUUUUAUUUCUGUUAUCUUUGAUAAUACUUACACUGAUAUAUGUUUUUUGAUUGCUGUACGACCAUAUGUCUAGCUUCCAACAGUGUUACAGUAAUGAGCUGUACUGUAGUGUACUGUAAUUGUGAUUGGUGACAAAUCCAAAUGUAUAAAACUGAUUUGCAAUCACUGAAGAUGAGCAACAAAAAAACUCAACUCAAAUAUAGAAAUAUUAAACAUUUAUUUUGGCUCAUUUUCAAAUGUUGUGCAGCCUACUGAAAUCUUCACUGUACAUGCAUAAUGAUACAUUGGUGCCUCUGGAGUCAUUCCAUCAAUCCAAUCAAUCACUUUUAGAAACGCAGAAAUAUUACUUUAUCCAUUCAGAAUUGGCUACUGCUUGUCACAUUUAGACACAAAUAGCUUAAAUGCAUAAUCAUCCACCUAUGCCAUAAAAUAAUAAUAACACUGGUGGUAAAACGUUUUGAUUUGUUCACAUUUGCAAUAUUGUAAAACUUCAAAUUGUGACUGUACACAGCUCUCACGCAUUGACACCACGAAGGAGUGAGCCAUCUCGUUCAUCUAAAAUAUCUUUUCUGCGAGCAGGCUUGUAGUACAGUUUGUUCUCACUGCUGAGCUUUCUCCUGCUCUUGCUGCUGCUGCUGCAGUGCCAGUUGUUUACUUGUCGUUUCAGUUUAGGUUGCUCCAACAGCCAUUGUUACAGAUGCUGUGGGUUUGAGAAAGGCUGUGGGUAGCUGCCGGGCAGUUAAUACACACUGACAUACGAUGCAAACAGCUCCCAGUAAUGUUACACUGUGGCCAAAGGCAUGUCACAUUUGACCUGCCUGCUGCUGUGCGGCUAGCCUGUCAGCUAAAGUUAGCUAAUGUUACCGACUGUUAGCUCAACUGCAGCAAGCUAGCAGAGAGACGCCCAGAAUGAUAAAGUAAAGCUAGCAGUGGAAGAAAAUUUCACGAAAAGACAAACCCCAAAAUACCUAAGUGCGGAUAACAACAGGGUUUAACUGCCGCAGUAUUUGGAAAACUUUUCGACUCCCAUUCGGACUUUGUCCACUGUUUCCACUCGUCGUUUGGAGAGGGUUACCGGUAGUGACAGUUAUUGGUACUGCAGCAGCCACUCACUCAAUAGUCAGCAAUGUUGUUACUGUCCGGUACAGCACGUCUACUCGGAAGAGGGAAAACUUUGCUCCGUGAUCCGUUUAAGAGGAUUUGCGUAAGCAUGUCCUCCUCUGCCUCGGGUAAGAGACUGCGGGUUCUGGUUGACAUGGACGGGGUCCUGGCGGACUUCGAGGGGGGGUUCGUCAAGAAGUACCGGGCCAGGUACCCGGACGAGCCCUACAUCACCCUGGAUGACAGAAGAGGGUUUUGGGUGUCAACGCAGUAUGGGCAGCUGAGGAGUGACCUAUGUGAAAAAGCCAUCAGUAUCUGGGAGUCCAAGGACUUCUUCAUAGAACUGGAUCCGUUGCCAGGUGGAGUGGAGGCAGUCAAGGAGAUGGCCAAGAUGGAUAACACAGAUGUCUUUAUUUGCACCAGCCCUAUAAAACAUUACAAACACUGCCCAUAUGAGAAGUAUGCCUGGGUAGAGAAUCAUUUGGGCCAUGGCUUUCUGGAGCAGGUCAUCCUGACCAGAGACAAGACAUUAAUCACUGGAGACAUCCUCAUAGACGACAAGCCUGACAUUCUAGGUGUGGAGCCUAAACCAACGUGGGAGCACAUCCUGUUCACCACCUGCCACAACAAACAUCUUUCCAUCAGCCCCUCCCAGAGACGACUCCUGUCUUGGUCGGACGACUGGAGGGCCAUCCUGGACAGCAAAAGGCAGUGAGGGACUCCUUGACCCACAAGCCCAAUAUCAUCAGCACACCGAUGGGUGCCAAGGCUCAGAGGGAUCACUGUCUUGCAGAGGCAAUGCCAGUAUUCAUUUCUGAAAAGAGGGGAAGGUAAAAUACUAAGAGGGGAAUGAUCAGCCAAAUUAGCGAUAAUAUAGAGGUUGGAUGUUUUACACAAAGCAAACACUUGUUGCACUCUGUUGGAAGAGGACAUUCACUUGUUUGACCACAAGGGGGCACACUGAGACUGAGUGUGAAGUGGGGUUGACAACCCCAUGUCCGCCAGUUUCACUGAAACAACUGUGACAACAAAAAAGUUGAACACGAAGACAAAAUGAUUUCGAAAUGGAUACAUGGUAAGUCUAAAAGAGCAGACUGAACGUGCCGUGUCUGCUUACUGUAUGUUUUUUGGGUUCUUACUGUGGACAUUUCUCUUCAAAAUCAAACACAUUUUAUUUUUGAGCCACUGGAGCGGGUUAUCUGUGGUGUUCUUCUCAUCAGUAGUCGACAGUGUUGUGUCUUAUUAAACGAGUCAGUGCACCAUGAUUCACACACAACAACAGGGCACUCCACUACACACUGAAAUGUACAACAAAGAAAUAGUCUCCACGAGUUGUAGGCACUGGCCAGUAUGUGCAAUACAUAAACAUAGGAAAGUGACCUGGACUUACAAAAACACUAAUUGUUAUGUCAGGUCUUUAUUUUACAUGUACCUUUUGGCAGAAUACUGCAGUGUGUCUUGGGUGAAUGCAAGUAAACAUGUACAGAUAUAUCUCCUUUAGGUUUUAAAGAGCAGAUAGGGUUAUAGUGUUGCUUUUUUUAAAUGUAUUUCCUCUGUUUCACAAUGAUUUAUGCAUCUUAACUAAUACACCGAUGAGAAAAUAGAAUUGUACACAUAUACUGUAUAUGCAUGUGCCAAAACCAAUAUAUUAGAAUAACAGCAGUGUGUGCUGAAUAUGUUUAAAAUAGGAAGGAAAGGAUGUUAAGAUGUUUAUUAGAAAACGUGAAAAUGAACAUAAGGCUAAUUUCUGCAUGUAAUAAUGAACUAAAACCCCCAAAAAGAGAUAUGAUUUAUAUUGUUAGAUACCCCUUGUUUUUACAUACUUUCACACAGCCGGUCAAACAAUUUUGAACACACCAUAUUGUAUUAAUUUCAGGUUACAUAUCUUAUAAUUUGCCUAUUGUAAAUACUCUAAAAUGAGAAUGUGGCAUUAUACAUAGCACUAGCAUCUAUUUUAAGGCAUAUAUAAGUAGUGGUUAUGAUCUACGCCACAUAAGCCACAAAACUGCAUGUCUGUUUCAGCCAAGAACAGCAAACUUUUAAGAAAACAACUUUUUCUCGGUCAGGAUUUGCAUUGUUCUGCUCUGUGGUUAAUUAAGACACACUGUGAGUAUGUGUACAUAGGCACUGAAUUUGAAUCCGUUUUGGCUAUUUCUGGCAGGCCAGUUGCUGCUAAUGUGCUUUUUGGAAAACGAUGGAUGCUGAACAUGUGUUAUGGAAGAUGUGCUGAGUGCUGUGCUAUUGUGCAUAGUCUAGUUUACACAUUCAAACAUGCUUAUUUCUGUCCAUGGGAGGUUUUAAUGCUGUGUUUUACUCCACCUCGCUCAAAAUACACACAAAGAAAAGAGCGAGGCAUUUUUAAUGGUGCUGUUUUUGGUGCAAUUAAAGGUGCAUUUCAUUUUC